GGUUUGCUUACCUCCCGCGGCAGAGCCGCCGGUGUGUGAUGGCGGUUUGUCGCCCUCAGGCACUUGACUCCGAACAAACCUGGCUUGAGGCUGCCCAGGCCUUCAUCCAAGAGACCCUGUGUCCAGCUGGCAAGGAGACUAAUGUCCAGUUGACUCAGUUGGUAAUUGACUGUGUGAAGACUACGUGGUUGUCUCAGGGAAGGAACCAGGGUUUUACACUGCCCCUCAGCUACAGCUUUGUCUCAGUGCGGGACCUCAGGAGCCACCAGCGCCUGCCAUGCUGCAGCCACCUGUCCUGGAGCAGUGCUGCGUACCAGACGUGGGCUCAAGAGGCUGGACUGAGUGGGAGCCCCUUGCCCCGGGAGCGGCUGUUACUUUUAGGGACACUAACAGACCUAUCAGGGGACUCAGAACAAGAGGACAGGAACGGAAGCCUCUAUGUGAAAGAUAACACUGGUACCCUGGGCUGCGAGCUCAUAGAUCUGGAUCUUUCUUGGUUGGGCCAUCUCUUUCUGUUCCCCAGUUGGAGUUACCUUCCUCCUGCUAGGUGGGAAUCCUCAGGGAAAGGGCACUUGGAGCUCUGGGGUGGCCCCGUGCCAGUGUUGCCCUUGACCGUCAGUACUGGCCCUUCUACCCCCGUUCCUGUCCUCUACCCGGAGGCUGCUUCCCGCCUACUGAGGCACAGUAGCAAGCUCAGAGUUGUGCAGCGAAACCUGGCCGGGAAGCUGGUUCGAUUGAGUGCUCUGGUGAAAAGUCAAAAGAAAACUUACUUCAUCCUGUCUCUAGGUGAAUCGUCCCCAGCUGGCAGCCAAGCUGGCAGCUGUGUAUCCAUCAUUGUGCAGGUCCCUGCCCAGCUGGUUUGGCACCGAGCCCUUUGGCCUGGUAGGGCCUAUGUGCUGACUGAGCUGCGAGUAUCCAAGAUUCACGGUUACCGUUACCAUGUUUGGACAACCAGUUCCUCGUCUCACCUGUUGCCACUGAAACCAGAAUGUGUGCAAGAGCUGGACCUGCAACCGGAGCUGGGUGCACCCCUCUUGGAGGCUGACCCCAAGCCGCUCCCUAGGACAAGCAACAUCCAAGACAGGAAGAUGCAAAAAGAUCUUGUCCGGGACUCCAGACUCUUAUCUUAUACUGGAACGGUCACUGGCGUGCUGAAUCAGGCUGCUGGCCUGUAUGAGUUGGAUGGGCAGCUGGGGCUCUGCCUCUCUUACCAGCAAGUCCACGGCCUCAGGCGGGUGCUGCGACCUGGAGUCUCUCUGGAGCUCCAGGAUGUUCACCUCCUCCAGUCGGUGGGUGGAGGGACCCAAAGGCCAGUGCUAGCCCCUUGUCUGCGUGGUGCCGUUCUGCUUCGGGGCUUCUCUCGUCAGAAGCCUGAGACUCAGUCUUCUCCCCAAGUCUGGGGGGCCUCCCUGUAUGAGCAGCUGGUAUGGGAACGUCAGCUCGGACUUCCCCUCUACCUGUGGGCUAUCAAGACCCUGGAGGAGCUGGCCUGCAAGCUGUGUCCCCAUGUGCUGAGACACCACCAGUUCCUCCAGCGCCGCCCUCCUGGGAACCCCAGCCUGGGACUCCAACUCCUGGCUCCUAUCCUGGAUGUCCUAGCUCCACCACGUGUCCCCAGUCGGAACGCACACAAGGAGAUCCUUGAAGAGCCGCAUCGCUGUCCACUCCAGAAGUACGCUCGGCUGCAGACUCCUUGCUCCUUCCCCACUCUGGCCACGCUAAAAGAAGAAGGGCAGUGCCGGGCCUGGGCCUCCUUCGACCCUAAGACCCUCCUGCCCUUCCCAGAGGCUUUUCACCUGACCAGCUGCCAACUCAACCAGCGCCUGGCCUGGUCCUCGAUCUGUCUGCGGCCCUCCACCUUCCAGCCAGCCCAGGUUUUACUUGGGGUUCUGGUGGCUUCAUCUCACAAAGGUUGUCUGCAACUUCGGGACCAAACUAGUUCCCUCCCCUGUCUACUCCUGAACAAGCGCUCACAGCCCCUCGCUGACCCCCAGCUCAUAGGCUGCUUGGUGCGGGCUGAGAAGUUCCAGUUAAUCAUAGAGAGGAAUGUCAGGAGCAACUUUCCUUCCUGGAAGGAGCUGAGCACGACAGGCUUCAUUCAGAUGCAGGAGGCGAGAGUCUAUGUCCAGUUCCUUCUGGCCGAUGCCAUGAUCCUGCCUGUGCCCAGACCCUUCCAUCACUCCGCCACCUCCUCAACAUGUCCUCAGAUAGAGACCGAGAGUCCCCACAUAGGACAGAGCCGGCUGUUCUUGCUGUCCCACAAGGAGGCUCUGAUGAAGAGGAACUUUUGUGUCCCUUCGGGAGCCAGUCUGGAGGUGCCCAAGCCCACCCUUAGUUUCCAUGUAUCAGGGAGCUGGCUUGCGGGUACUCAGAGGAAGGAGGGAACUGGAUGGGGCCCACCUGAGCUCAAGGGAGACAAGCACAAGGAUCAGAAGGUUCUCCUCAUCUUUCUCGGCUCCUCGGUCCGCUGGUUCGAGUUCUUGCACCCCGGGCAAGUGUACCGACUCGUGGCUCCUGGCCCUCCCACGCCAAUGUUGUUUGAGGCCAGUGGUUCAUCCUGCAUGUCGCAGCGUCCUCUGGAGUUGGCUGGAUGCUCGUCCUGCCUCACUGUCCAGAGCAAGUGGACCCUGGAACUUGAGAGCUCCCCGGACACCCCAGAUGUGGCGAACAUCAACAAGGCACUGCCUGCAUCCUCGCUGACCGACCUGCUCAGUGGCAACUCCACCGAUUCCUUGGUGUCUUUCUCAGCUGAGAUUCUGUCACGGACACUGUGUGAGCCACUUCUGGCCCCUCUCCAGACAAAGCCUGGGAGCUCCGGGGCCAGGAGAGGGUGUGUGAAGCUAACCGUGGCUCUCGAGUCUGCUGACUGGGAAUUCCCCCCUCACUUGGACAUAUAUAUCGAAGACCCACACUUGCCUCCCCCACUGGGACUCCUUCCAGGAGCCCGAGUCUACUUUGGCCAGCUGGAGAAAAGAGUCUCCAGAUCCCACAAUGUUUACUGUUGCUUCCGGUGUUCCACUUAUACACAGGUCCUGAGUUUUCCCCCGGAAACCGCAGUCAGUGCUCCUCUGCCAUGCAUCUACCUGGCUGACCUGCUGCAGGGUGGCCAGGCCCCAUUCCAGGCCAUUGUCUCUUGCCAUAUUGUUUCCGUUUUCAGCCUUCAGCUGCUCUGGGUGUGUGCUCACUGUACCAGCCUCUCCCUCCAGGGAAGGUGUACUCAUCAGGGUUCCACUUGCCCCACUCAGACGUCUGUAAGCCAGGCCAACAUCAGGCUCCUGGUGGAGGAUGGGACCGCCGAAGCUGUGGUGACCUGUAGGAAUCAUCAUGUGGCAGCAGCAUUAGGGCUGUGUGCUAGUGAGUGGACCUCCCUCCUAGAGCUUGUCAGAGGGCCAGGGAAAGUGGCCUUGCAAUUUAUAGGGCCAGGAGCCCAACCCGAGUCCUCAGCCAAGAUUGAUGAGCCCUUGACCUUCUUCCUCCGGACACUUUGUACCAGCCUCUCUGUUCUCCGCCCAAUUGUGCUUUCUUUUGAGCUCGAGAGGAAACCUUCCAAGAUCGUCCCUUUAGAACCUCCUAGGCUACAGCGAUUCCAAUGUGGGGAGCUCCCUCUACUGACUCAUGUGAAUCCCAGGAUCCAAUUGUUAUGUCUCUCUAUCCAGGAGCCAGAGCACUCCAGCUCCCUGGGGACAUUUGCUUCCUUCUGCUAACCUGAACUUCAGCAAUAGCCUGAAAGUUUUUCAUGCCCUGUUGGAACAGUUGAGGUCUGGGCCCCAGCUUCUCCCACUUGUGGCCCUUACCUUGGUGAUUAACUAGGACCCCAGAUUCCUGUAUAAUACUAACUGUAAUUUCUCCUUCUUCAUAUUCUUUCUGGUACCAGCCUACCUUGGGGACAUUGUGGAAAUAGGCAAAUUAUUGUGCUGUACAUAUUUCCUCUCUGUUGGGAUCAAGGUACCUGCACUCACAGGGUAGCCCCGAGAACCUGGGUUCUGUCUUGUGGCACAGCUAGAGGAACAUAAGCCUUGCCCCUUGGCCUGCAAUAAAGCU